AUGAUUCUUCGGCGCGUGCAAUGGCAAGUUCUGACCAGCGGGUUCGCUUCCAGGAUCCGACAACUCUGCUACUCCACUUCUAUUGCAGAGGAGCAGCGUGGGGGUAACCAAAGGGAGCUGGCAAGGCUGAAGAACAUAAAGAAGUCUCAGGAGCAACAGAAGAAGAAGGGUGCCAAUGAGAAGGACGGCAACAAAGGGAUGUCCUUGGAAGAACGUCGUCAUAGGGAUGCUGAGCAGAUGCGAGAGAAGCAGCGUCUGGCAAAAGAAAAAGAAGCUGCAAGUGGGAACAGCAAUAAUGCUGACAGUGGUAACAAAAACAAGAAAUGAAUGCAGAUCUCUUCUUCAGCUGCCUCCUCCUUUGCACCUCAUCAAUUAUUCCUGCAUUCUCAUAAAUUCUUGACUAUAUUUCAUCAUUAUGCUUCAUUGUCAUUGCUUAGAUUGGUCAAAAUAGCACAACCUAUGAGUGUGAAUGAGAUUUUUCUUAUGCAUCUGCAAGAUGCUUUCAGUGACAAAGUACGGAUGGUGACAUCGUUUGUAAUUGCAGAUACCACAUGAAAAUGUAGAUAUAGGAUGUUUCCAGACAGCAGCCUGCAACUGAAUUCUUACAAAUUAUAGUUAUUUGCUUUGAAUAUUCAGUGAGGUGGUAGAAGAGUGUACACCAACUUGGAAUGGAUUGUUAAUCAAUGCUUUAGAGUCAAUGAUUAAUGGCCCAGUUUUUAUAACAUUGAUUUUCAUUGUUACUUUGUUGUAUUUUUCUGUUAAAUUGAAUAUUUUAGGUCUCACCAAUUAACCAUUUUUCCAAUAAGAGCCUUUACAUAAAUUAACCCUUUUCCAUACAACUUCCCACCAUUACAAAUUCAAAAGUUUUCCAGCUUCUGUGUGCUCUAUGUGCUCCCUGGUGAGCCUAGCAAGCCUGCAAUGUGCAUCUCUGUCUGGGAGCAGCAUAUAUUACCAGUGGGUUCAAGGGACAGAUUCCCAGUUCUGCCAUUUAGCAAAAUUUUAGCAGUGAGGAAGCUCUUCCACAGGUUUUUUUUCUGAUGGGCUGGCAAUAUGAUUUGUUCAAACAGUAAAAGUUACUUAUCAAAUAAAAUUAAAUAACUCAUUUCAAAAUGGAUGAGAGAGCAAGAGUCAUAUCAUUUAGCAUAUGUCAUUAGUAUCCAUGAAGGGGAGCAUAUCAAAAGAUCGAACACUUAUUCAUCAAAAAAAGCAUAGCUGAAAACUCAAAGUGUCGAUUUAUCAAAUGGACAAAACUCCAAAUAUAGAAUAAAUUUGUCAUAAUAUUUCGCCAAAGC